AUGUCGGCAAAAAAAAGACACGAUCUCAGGGUCCAUGUCUACGGAGUGUGUGGCAGCAUGCCCUCUCCACUACACCCGCCAACAAGUGGCAUGGCCUACACCCCCCUCACAUCAGGCCUGCCAAUGUCAGCAUAUAAACAGCAGUUUUCGCCUUCGUGCGACUUUGGCGCCGCUUACACGCCUCUUUCGGCACGCCUGCCGUCCUACCCUCGAACGCCGCUUCAUGCUGGAUACCCCCAAACCCCUUUACACUCCGACUGUCCUCUGGACCUCAAUGCCCCCUUCGAGCUGAGCAGCAAGUACCUCAAAGACGUGGACAACUUCUUUUCCACACGGCUGUUCCGCCAGAAUGGUGAUAUCGCCUCCAAAGUGUUACCUCCGCCGAAACCGUCGCCACGGGCAGACUUUUUCAGAAGCGACAAACUGCCCCCCAUCACAAAACCCAUGCUCAACAUGCGCGACUUUGAGAAGAACUCAGCAACAAAGGUCAAGGUUGCUCCAGAAGACUCGCCAAACUAUACCACGAGUCCCGGCUCGCCAGGAAGCGAAAGUGACUCGUCUUCUUCGUCGGUGUCCACCACGGCACCAAGCUUUGCAAGUCCGCCGGCUAAGAAGAUUGCAUUCAAACCAUACAGAGUGAAAAAGACGAAACCGGCCACCCGAAAACAGCUGGCUGUUGGAAUGGUUGCCGGCCACGUGGAACUCCUCAAAAAGGAACACUCGACAUCCCCUUCGCCCACAGACUCGCCGUUUGGAAGAGGAAUGGCCCCCUCCACUAGUGGCAUGUCGAACGUGGAACGCCUCAAGGCAAACCCUGACAUGUGGACGCAGGCUACUCAGGUCAAAAAGGGUGUCUACGUGUGCACACACUGUCCCAGCCAUCUGGGCCGCUUCAGAAAGCUGUCUGAACUAGCUGCACACUUUGACGAAAACAAUCUCACCCGCCUGUGCAAAUGCGACUUUCCAGAUUGCGCAUGGUCCAUUGUGGGCUUCUCUUCUCGGUCAGAAAAGACCAGACACAUCAAAUCUCAGCAUGCCAGUGCCCGAUACUCGUGCAUGCACUGCGAGAGAGUGUUUGCACGUUCAGACUCUCUCAAGCGGCACUUCAAACUCAUCCACAACCUGCCUAACGUCACCCCCGAAGAGCUGCUUGCCAUGCGAAGUACAACCUCUUCCGUAGCAGAUGCUUCCUUGGCAUAUGACGAUGUUAAGGAGGAAGAACAGGAGCCUGGUAUGCCCCCUCCCUCUACAACCAGCGUCUUUGUGGCGACCCCUGCGUGA